CCAGGCAGGGCAGAGCAGAGCCCUGCUGCACAGGAGGCCCAGCCGCUCCUCCCCCACCACGCUGGCCCUCCAUGGAAGCCUUGGUCUGUGCGUUCUCUGAGCUGCGCAUAAGAGAAGAUGCAGUGAGCUGGGCCCGAGGACAUCCCAGCCAUCCUGACACGUCACCCAACAUCUACGAGGGGGGGCUGGGGGUCCAGCAGCAGUGCCCCAGUGCCCAGGGAAGCAAGCCCAAGAAUUUCCGGCUGCGUCACCUCCGGGGCCUGGGUCUCUACUUGCCGGGCCACAUGCAGCCCGCCGGCCAGUGUGAGAGCCACUGGCUGGGCCAGCUCAAGGCCAGGAGUUGCCUCCCACGGCCUGAGGGUAUGGCCUGGCCCCUAGACCUGCCACACCGGACUCUGGGCCCAGGUGACAACCACUGCUCCAUCCUUCUGGAAGCUCAAGUGCCCAGGGACAGCCUGGGAAAUCCAGUUUCCAGUUCCAGCAUGGACCCAGCCAAGGGUGCCUCCUCCCAGCCUGGUCCCCCAGAAGGCUUGGGGCUCAGGCCCAAGAGGUCAUGGGGGGCCUCAGAGGAGUCCACAUGUCCCUUGUGCAAGAGAACCCGCUCCGGGGCUCUGGAGAGACCAUAGGGAUCUGAUGCCAGGGCUGACUGUCCCAGCUUGGGACAGGAGGGGAAAGGAUGGCUCAGGAGGAGGAGACAGGUCCAGAGAGGAAGGGCUCUGCUCCUACUAGGAGUCACCCCACAGGGAUACCCCAGCAGCUGCCCAGACCAGAGCCUGGGCCUCAAGAAAACUCAUGAGGGGGGAGGGGGGAGCGGGGAGGGAGGAGGAGGUCCCAUGGGAGGAACAGAAAAAAAAUAGAAACCCUUGCAGCCUGCUCCAACUCAGGCCAGCCACCUAUACCUGGAAGGCCAGGCUGAGCAGAGCUUGGGCUCCCAAGAGGCUGGGAGGCCCGCAGGUCUAAUUUUAAUAAAAGCCAAGGCCUACA